AUGACGCUCGGAAGCAUUGCCAGCCGGUGGCGCGAGCUCCAGGGCGCGGACUCGUGGUCGGGGAUACUGGACCCGCUGGACCUCGACCUGCGAACGAACCUCAUCACCUACGGCGAGCUCACGCAGGCCACCUACGAUGGGUUCAACCAGGAGAAGCGGUCGCCGCACGCCGGCGCGUGCCUGUUCGGCUACUCUGACCUGCUGGCCAGCUCGGGCGCCGCGGCGGCCGGGAGCUACACCAUCACCAAGUUCAUCUACGCCACGUCGGCGCUCCCCGUGCCCGAGGCGUUCCUGCUGCUGCCGCUGCCGGACCUGCUGCCGGAGUCGUGGAGCAGAGAGUCCAACUGGAUGGGGUACGUCGCCGUCGCCACCGACGAGGGCGUCGCCGCGCUGGGCCGCCGCGACAUCCUCGUCGCGUGGCGCGGGACCAUACGCAGCCUCGAGUGGGUCAACGACUUCGACUUCACGCCCGUGUCCGCCGCGCCCGUGCUGGGAUCCGCCGCCGCCGCCAACCCGGCCGCCUUGGUGCACCGCGGGUUCCUCUCCGUGUACACGUCCAGCAACCCGGACUCCAAGUACAACCAGACCAGCGCCAGAGACCAGGCAAGUGUCCUGGCGGAGGUGAGCAGGCUGAUGGCACUGUACAAGGACGAGGUGACGAGCAUCACGGUGACCGGGCACAGCCUGGGCGCCUCGCUGGCCACGCUCAACGCCGUGGACCUCGCGGCCAAUGGUGUGAACGCGCCGCCGGCGGGCUCCUCGCAACCGCCGUGCCCCGUGACGGCGUUCGUGUUCGCGAGCCCGCGCGUCGGGGACGGAAACUUCAAGACGGCGUUCGCGUCGUUCCCGGACCUGCGGGCGCUCCACGUGAAGAACGCCGGCGACAUCGUGCCGACGUACCCGCCGCUCGGGUACGUGGACGUGGCCGUGCAGCUGCCCAUCGCCACGGGGCGGUCGCCGUACCUGAAGCAGCCCGGGACGAUCUUGACGCUGCACAACCUCGAGUGCUACCUGCACGGCGUCGCCGGCGAGCAGGGCAGCGCCGGAGGGUUCAGGCUGGAGGUGGACCGCGACGUCGCGCUGACUGACCAACAACCCGGUGCCCGUGGACGCGCUCAUGGACCAGUGGGCCCCAGGUGCCCGUGGCCAUGCACGGUAUGUAGUGGCGCCAGGAACAAGUUCAUGGUCAAGGGCGCCGACGGCCACUGGGCGCUCCAGGACUUCGAGCAGAUCUGA